AGCCAGCUGAGUGGGUCUUUUUAUUUUUUUCGCGCGAAAGUUUAUGUGGUGAACUGUGUUGGUAAAGAUGAAGAUGUCAGUCAAUGAAAUUUGCUAUAUUUCUUGUGUCUUACCAACCCUGUACGGAUCGAACUGACGAUUCCCGAGUGCGACAAAUGUCCUGAAGUCUGCUCCUAUUAGCUAGGUAUCUAGAAAUUUCAACUUGAGUGUCAAGUGAAGACUUUGCCAGUUGCAGACGAGGGAAUUCUCGCUUCACGAUUUUCCUGGUGUAUGGAGAUACGCCGGAAUGCCGACCCACCACACCCGACAUGAUGCUUCGGCCGGAAUGCAGAAAGGAUCAUAUGUAGUGCCUUCUCAGCAUUACAUUACAUCCAUUGCGUAGCAGCAAUGUGCCAUCCUUCCGCGACUUAGGUGGAAUGAUGUGCAAGUGGUACUCCAGGGUCAACUUCAAUUUGCCGAGCACGUAUGCCGCUGGCUUGGGGUCAGCAGCUGGGUGCAAAGUCUCUGUAUACAAAUCGUGCACUGUCGUCAACAAUAUGGCAUCCUUGUCCAGCAAUUCCCGUCCUGUAGCGGCAAUGACUAUAAUAUUGGGGAAAUCACUCUCGGCACCUUCCGUGCUGUACUGAGAGAUGAUGCUUCGCAAUUGGUGGUCUGUGCUUGGUGCAUUGUCGGCAGGGAGCAUGUCAAUUUGCUUUUGGUAGCAGCGUCUACAAAAUCGACUCUCGUCUGAAAUCCUGACAUGGUGCAUGCUACGCAACACAUGCUCUGUGUUAUGUUUGAAUCCAUAGUCUGUCUGUACAUGAUCUGUACGCCAUACGCUGCUCUGUGUGUACUGCACAUUAUACAUGCAUGCCUUGUACACUGUUGUCAACUGCUUUGCCAUGUGUACGUUAUGCGUAGUGUUUGAAGUAGAGCGCGUAGUCUACUCUGUCAGCUAUGUCAGUUAUUCGUUUCCUGAUUUCGAAUAGUUCCUUGCUUGUCGUUCUGAAGUAUAGUUGUAAUAUAUUGUGCUCUUGCUCCACGUAGUUCUCUGUCGAUCAUAUUCUGGCGAAUAUAACACUGGCGACGAAGAUAGUUUUUGUAAUCCGCAAUGGCAGAACGCCCAGUACCUCAGUUCGAUCCUACUGGCCCUGCUCAAGAUGUAUCCAUUCGCUGGGCGAAGUGGAAACGCAGUUUUCAAUACUACCUUGCUGCAGAGGAUAUCACCGAUUCGACACGGUCGAAAGCAAAGCUGUUACAUCUUGUUGGUCCCGCUGUACAGGACGUGUUUGACACGCUCCCGGAACCUCCAGCUCCGACGGAUGGUUCGGUCCAGAAUUCUUACGACAAAGUAGUCACUAUGUUGGAUUCGUACUUUCAGUACACUCCGAAUGUAAUGUUCGAACGACAUACUUUCCGCCGAUUGGCGCAAAUGGAGACAGAGACAGUAGCUCAGUUUGGCAACCGUUUGGUUCAACAAGCAAAGCUCUGUUUGUUUGCUGACCAGGACGAGCAAGUGUGUGACCAGCUUGUAGAGAAGUGCAUCGAUGAUCGUCUACGCCGAAAGUUUCUGGAGAAACAAGGCACUCUCAAGCUCAAGGAUGCUCUGGAGUUGUCCAGACAGUUCGAGGCAACUGAACUCAGCGCUCGAGGAAUGUCACAAUCGCGCAGUGCUCCAGCUCCUGUCCGUCUGGUAUCCUCCACUACUGGCACUAGGACACCAACGUAUUCAAGUGGUCCACCCGGAGCAGAGUGUAGCAACUGUGGCCUUUCGGAUCACACAGCGGAGUCUGCUAACUGCCCUGCACGUGGCAAGGAGUGUCUGAAUUGCCACAAGAAAGGUCACUACAAGCGCAAGUGUCGGAAACCAGUGACGUCCAGGUCGUCCAAGACUGGAAGGAGAGGAAGAGGAGGUGGUACGCAUCAAGUCGUUAGUGCACCUUCAGCACACAGCGCACCAGCAUCUCAGCAGAAGCCUGUCCAGCAUGAGUCCUACGCUAUUGGGAAAGUCACGUCUCCGCUGAACGAGUCAGACUCGCUGUUUGUGUCCGUGUUCGUCAACGAACGGCCGCUGAGAAUGGAAGUGGACACAGGCGCGAAAGUCACUCUAGUACCUGAACACGUGUGGGAACAGUCCUGGAGUGAUGUUCCGCUUGCGGCGUCCCAGCUGCAACUCACCACCUAUGAUGGCAGUUCGCUACCAGUGGUAGGAGAGACGGUUGUUGAAGUAGCGUACGGUGAGCAAUCCAUCACAGACACCAUUGUGGUUGUGAAGGGCGGUAGCCAUCCCCUACUCGGUCGUAACUGGUUGCACCGUCUUCGUCUCGACUGGCCAUCAUUGUUCCGCAUCAACUCAGUGUCGAGCACAGAGGCUGACUUCAAGAAUGAGUUUCCGGUGGUAUUUGGAACUGGCCUCGGUACGGUCAAGGACCACCAAGCUGAGAUCCACUUGAAGGAGGGAGCGACCCCUCGCUGUUGUUCAGCUCGUCCCGUUCCGUAUGCUCUGCGUCCUGCCGUGGAGCGUGAGCUCGACCGUCUGGAGGGUGAAGGUAUCAUACGUCCAGUCAAGUCAGCUGAGUGGGCCUCGCCACUAGUGAUAGUCAGCAAAAAGAACGGCGACAUCCGCCUUUGUGCCGACUUCAAGGUCACGAUCAACCGGCACAUCGAUCCACCGAUCCACGCAUACGCACAGCUGCCGCUAUCCGAAGCAAGCCAGAAGUAUUGCGUCAUUGCCACGCAUCGCGGUCUCUAUGCAUUCAACCGUCUGCCGUUUGGUGUUGCAAGUGCCCCGGCAAUCUGGCAACAAACCAUGGAUCAGAUCCUGCAAGGCAUCCCCGGUGUGGUUUGUUUCUAUGACGACAUCCUUAUCACCGGAGCAACCCCAGCCGAGCACGAUGAGCGCCUACGUCAAGUACUGGAGCGACUUGCCGAAUUUGGUGUACGUCUACGUCUCGAGAAGUGUGUGCUCAGCGUUGACCAGGUCCGCUAUCUCGGUUUCACUGUCUCAGGCGAAGGCAUUCAAACCAAUGGCGACAAGGUUGCUGCCAUUGUCGACGCACCACCACCGAAAGACCAGACAGCUCUGCAGUCGUUCAUCGGUUUAGUGAUGUUCUACAGCCGUUUCGUGCCAUCUAUCUCAGAUGUACUACAGCCGCUACGACAACUUCUCGUGAAAGACGCACCCUGGGACUGGUCGUCUGAAUGUCAAGAGUCAUUCGAGAAGGUCAAGAGUCUGAUGGCCGAUGCACCCAUUCUUGCCCACUUCGACAUCAACCGCAAAGUCAUUGUCGAGUGUGACGCUUCUCCGUAUGGCCUCGGUGCCUGUCUGCUGCAAGAAGAUGAUACUGGCAGCCGACGUCCUGUGUGCUUCGUGUCCCGAGCUUUGAGUUCUGCCGAAUCGCACUACAGCCAGAUCGAGCGUGAAGCUCUAGCAAUUGUGUUCGCAGUGAAACGUCUUCACAUGUAUUUGUAUGGUCGUCCGUUCGUACUCCGCACUGACCAUAAGCCGCUGCUGCGUAUCUUUGGACCGCACUCCGACAUGCCAGCAACAGCCGUUUCCCGGUUACAGCGUUGGGCAGUAAUUCUCAGUGAGUAUGAGUACCAGAUUGAGCAUAUCAGUGGCACCGCUAACGUCAUCGCUGACUGCUUAUCCCGCCUGCCAUUGAAGCUGUCCGAGCAGCAAGAAGCAACCGUUGUGAACGCCGUUCUCCAGCAUGCCCGUGAUCCAUGUGAGUCUCUACCUGUCUCUGCUGCUGAUGUUGCCGCAGCCAGCAAAGACGAUGCCGUUAUCUCGCGCAUCAUGCAGUACCUUCAAUUCGGUUGGCCCGCCGACACCCCCGACGAUCUUCAAGCCUACCGCCGAUGCCGCAACGAGCUGACGAUCGAGUCUGGUUGUUUGGUGAGAGGCCAUCGUACCGUAAUCCCUGUGCAACUUCGCCGCGCGCUGCUGCAGGAGCUGCACAGUGUGCACCUUGGCAUUGUGCGAAUGAAGUCCGUCGCACGCAGUUUCUUCUGGUGGCCAGGCAUUGAUGAUGACAUCAAGCAUCUAGCCACGUCAUGCCGUCAGUGCCAAGACACCGCUAAUGCUCCGCCCAAGGAAGCACCGCAUCCCUGGAUCUAUCCCUCCGAGCCCUUUGAAAGAGUGCAUGUCGACUUCGCCGAGCACGACGGCCAGCACUACUUUCUGCUUGUAGACGCCUAUUCAAAAUGGCUCAGCGUCUACAAGAUGUCUUCUACGACAACCCACCAGACCCUGGAGUGCCUACUGUCGUUCUUAUCUACGUACGGCAUCCCGAAGACACUGGUCAGCGACAAUGGUCCGCAGUUCACGUCGCACCUGUUCCGCCAAUUCUGUUUGGAGAAUGGAAUCAGCCAUAAGUGCACACCGCCAUAUCAUCCAGCGUCCAAUGGACAAGUAGAACGUUGUGUCCAAGAGUUAAAGAAGGCGCUACGUACUCGCCCGGACAACGUGUCAGCCGGCACCCAGCUCCACCGUUUUGUGUUCGCGUACCGCAACACACCACAUUCAACAACACAAGUCACGCCUGCAAGCUUGGUGUUCAAGAAAUCCCCAAACGUCAAGUUCUCCCUGCUGAAGCCCAAUUUCAGUAGUUCCCAGCGUCAGCGUCAGACUACAGCGUCAUCAACGAAGAGAGACUAUACUCCCGGUGAUGCUGUAGCAGUACUCAACACUCGUAAUGGCAAUGGUCCAAAGUGGAUUCACGGAACUAUCGCCGAGCGGCUUGGUCCACUAUCGUACAUCGUUCGUACCGGUGAACAGACGCGACAUGUACAUUCUGACCACCUUCGUAUGGCAGAAUCUGAGAGGGAAGAGGAGACUGAACAAAUUGAACUGCAACCGCAACCGGCCGUUGAGUUCCGCCAGCCUUCUACCGUACCUGCACCAGUCAGUGCACCAGCAGAACACGCUCCCGCUGUACCAGCUGUCGAGCCAGCAUUUGAGCCCGAUGCAGACAUCGAAGUAGCUCAACCCCUAUCCACAUCGUCUGAGGCUAAGCCAGCACAGUCGCCGCGCCGAUCCUCCAGACAGCAUCGUCCCCGUCAACGCUUGAUUGAAGAAUUGUGA